AUAAAAAUAAAAUAGAGAAAACAACCACCCCGACUUGCGUCACGUGUUAGAAACUGACGUCAGGAAGGGUGGAACCCGGAGAGCUCUGGGUGGAGCUGAGUCGUUUCAGGCAGCUGUCCACGCGCUGAGCGGAGUCUAAGCCGCACCUAGUCCUAGGACGGAGCUGUCGGGCUGCGGCAAGUUGGGGGAAGCGAAGUCGACUUUCUUAACCUGCCGCUCUGAAGGGAAGGCGAGCCCGGCGCUAUUUCAGGGCCUCGCUCUCCGGAAAGAAAGCGCCAAGUUCACCUUCCUUUUCCCAUUUGGGCAUCUGGACGGGCAGCUCUUGUGAAUGGCUAAAGGUAAAGAGACGGGAAUUCCCAAGCCUGUGACGCAAGCGGAGAGCGAAAUGGCUCAGCCGCCGCCGUCCUGUUCCUUGGAGGGGUCCAGCCCCCCGUCUCCUUACCUCCACAACUUGCCCUCCUGGGUGCUGGAGGACUUUUGCCAGAAGAUGGAUUGCCUCAACGAGUACGACUGGAUGCGCUUUGCAUCUCAUGUGAUAACUGACCAAACUGAGCUGAGAAAAAUCAAAUGCAUGGAAAAAGCAGGAAUUAGUAUAACAAGAGAACUGAUGUGGUGGUGGGGAGUGCGGCUUGCGACGGUCCAACAGUUGUUGGAACUUCUGUGGGAACUGGAGUUCUACAGAGCAGCACAAGUGAUUUCAAAUUUUACAGGGAAGUCACACAAUCGUGAUUCUGCCAGGACUCUUUUGAAGUCCCCUGAACAGGAGAAGAAUUUGCCACGUCAAAAUGGGAUGGAAAAUAAAAAGAAAAUAGAAAAUGGGAUGGAAGUGUCACCAUCAUUGCCCAACUUGACUCAGAUGCAUAGAAGACAAAACGAUCCUCUUUUGAAGGUAGAUUCAGACAUGCCUCCUUUAUCUCUACCGCCAACAUCCAUGGACCUCCCACAUUCAUUACAUUCCAAUUUCUCAGAUUUCUCAAAUGGAAAGGUCUAUAGUUCUUCCAUUCCUCGAGAGAAAGCUUCUGCUAAUCGUGACACUGCAAGCCUUUUAUGGAUGCCGAGGGAAGUGGAAAUUGCCACCAGCGGCUUCAGUGAAAAAAACCGAAUUAGUGAAGGCGUCUUUGCUACUACUUACAGAGGUCAGAGAGAUAAUGCUCACUACGUUGUUAAAAAACUAAAAGAGAAUGAGGCACAAGUAUUUUUUCGUACAGAAGUGCAAAUCUGCUUUCGAUGUUGCCAUCCUAAUAUUCUACAGUUGUUGGGUUUCUGUGUAGAAAGUGGACUUCACUCCUUGAUUUAUCCCUAUAUGGAAAAUGGAUCGUUAUUGGACAGGCUACAGUGUCAGGAUAGUUCUGCAGCAUUAACAUGGGAGAAACGCAUCAGAAUAUCUCUGGGAUUAAUUAAAGCCAUUCAGCAUUUACAUCAGUUUGGAAUUAUUCAUGGAAAUGUAAAAAGUUCCAAUGUUUUGCUGGAUGCAAACUUUGUACCACAACUUGGACAUUCUGGUCUUAGACUGCAUCCUGUGGAAAAGAAAUCGGAAUAUACUGUGGUAAAAACCAAGGUUUUGCAAGCUUCACUAGCUUAUUUCCCAGAAGAUUUUGUCAGGCAUGGGCAGCUAACUGAAAAAGUGGACGUAUUUGCUUGUGGAAUUGUUUUAGCAGAAAUAUUGACUGGCAUGAAAGCAAUGGAUGAAAGAAGAAAUCCUAUUUUUCUGAAAGAUGCCUUGCUUGAAGAGCUCAGAAUGGCAAAAGAAUUGUCUUGUACUAAGGAGAAAAACUUUGAAAAUCUUGCUGCCAUACAAAUAUGUCACAAAUACCAAGAUAAGCAAACUGUUUGUUUGACAGAAACAGUUUCUUUAUGCUUGGCCACUUCUGUCUGCAUUUGCCUGCGGAAAAAGAAUGCAAACACAACAGAGGUGAAUGAAAUAAUAGAAAUUGCAGAUCGUCAAACAAGAUCUGAGAACAUGUCAGAAAGAAGCAGAAAUCUUGGACUCUUCACCAAUAUUCCAGAAGAAACUAAUGAUGAACCAGCUAGUCCCUUCAAUGUUGAUUUCUAUGGUCAUAACCACGAAGCCUCUGCCAAUUCUGGAUCUCUAAACUGUACCACUACAUUACCACCAUGCAUAAAAGUUUUGCCUCCUGAAACAUACUCUGAGCAGAUUUUACGGGAACCUUGUGAGUCAGAUGAAUCCUGUAACUUUUCAUGGGAUGUUGCAGAACAUGCUUCCUUCUGUGCACCAACCAAACACAGUCUGGAGCCAGGAAAUGUUUCUUUCACUAAGCCUGUGAUGUUCACAGCAAAAAAUACAGACUCUGACAUAAAAACAAAUCAACAGCAGAGAAAAAAUGAUGGCGCUGCUUGUUCCUCACAAGGUAAAAGCUUUAAUGAAAGAAAUAAAAAUCAAUGAUAAAAAGAAGCAGCUAAUGGAAAAAAUAACAUUAUAUGAUGAAAAUAAGAUAAACAGUUAUGACCUCUUUGAAUCAAUAUAAAUAGAUUUCUAUCCUUUAUGGUUUCAGAAGAUGGAACAUUUCCUCACCAGUAAAAUGCAUUUUUUAAAGUACUGUUAUAUAUACAAGAAAGCUCCACUGAUGUUACAUAAUGAGAAAGCAUUCUUUUUCAGAUCCAUUUAUAUAUGGAUUUCUCUUGCUCUCCUGUUCUGGUUAAAAUUAUUUUUUUGGAUCUAGCCAAAAUAUUAUCUGAAGCAAACAAAAAACAAAAAAUCCCACAGAUAUAUAAGGGCAGCAUUCUUCAGUUGCAACUGAUUGUUGGUUGUUAUAUUCUCUGAAAACAAA